AUGCGUCUCUCCAACCUCUCGUUCUUCAUCCAGGCUCUGCUGUUGACUGCGGUCGCAGCCCAGAGUGCUGGUCUCUCCAACAUCGUGUCAGAUAUCACAAGUGAGACCACUUCGUCCUCCUCCUCAGUGCCUGAAACAACAUCGACGACCUCAUCAACCUCCACAACCUCUAAGGAGACUUCUACGGAACCAAGUACUACCGCUGAGCCUACUACCACCACGACUUCUUCCACCACCACUGCGCCUUCUUCUGCCACCGAGCCUACCACCUCAGCAGAGCCCUCCUCCACUGCGGAGUCCACCGUCCCUUCAACCACUUCCAACACUGAACCCACCUCCACGCCAAAUGCCAAUAGUGAUAGCACCACUUCGUCCAAGAGCACCACUACCCAGACCCCGGUCAUCAAGACCAUCACCUCCUAUGCGACCAGCGAUGGAUCCACCAUCGCCAACGUGAUGACCACCACCUCCACCCCAGUUGCCGAAGCUAGCUCCCCCUCUCUUAACGGCGAUAAGGGCUCCGGCUCUAGCGGUGUGUCCUCUUCGGACAAGAAGAUCAUCAUCGGUGUCGUGGUGGGUGUCGGCGGUGCUAUCCUUAUCGGUGCCCUGGGCUUGGUCUUCUGGAGAAUUCACAAGAAGCGCAAUGAGCAAUACGGCGAUGAGGACGAUCUGAUGGGCGGCACCGCUGUGGGCUCCGGACCCCGCGAGAAGGCCCCCAGCCCGGCCGGCAACACCCCCUUCAAGAACACACUAGACCAGUAUCACAACCCUGGUCCUGUCAACGCGGCAUCCAACUUCUAA